UUUUUACAGCUUGUGUUUUGCUAAUAAGCUUUGUUUCACAGCAGGAUUUUGCAAAUAACAAUUAUAGCAAUUAAUAGCUACCAAAAGCAUCUGAAAUAAAAGCAUUCAAAAAAAAAAAUAGACAUUUUAGUCUAGUGGAAAGGAUUUUUUCUCUCGCUCUGCCACAGUCAUAAAAUAUCUCAAAUAUCUCAUUGCCUACCUCUCCCCUCAUCCCAAAUUCAUUAAUAGACUGUGCUCAAUAGGUGUAUGAGAGCAUGUGUAUGCUAAGCUUACAGUAUGUGUAUGAGCGCAUGUGUGUGCUUGUGUGUAUGUGUUGUAUGACUAUGAACAGGGGGUACUGGACCCUGUAGGCGCAACGUGGUGCCAAAGGGACGACAGGCGAAGGCAGCCCGGGCAGUGAUCCUUUACGAUGCUCGUCCCCUCUCAAUCCAUUUAGAAAAUCAGGCUUAGAUCCCCACACUGUCAUGGCAGAGCAAGUGGUGCUAUUUUUAGCCAUGUGUAUUAUUCAGUUUAUUCCAUUCAUAAUUCAAGCAAUGUAAAGACCGUCCAUAUGGAGCUAUAGCCAUCUGUCCUCUGCAGGAAACAAUAUCACUAAUGGCCCGAUUGAUCUCACUCGACACGCUCAUGGAAAAAUGGAAUGCAAAGUUCAUGCAAAUGACUGUUCAUCGUUAUCCAAAAUUCGCCUGAGCAAACUCUCCAGACACUCUAAGGUAUGCUGGCUCGGGAAGUAUUGGGGAGCCCCCUGCUGAGCUCUGAUUGUGUGGAAGGAAGGGAUAUUGUACACGGAUAAGGCUUCCAAGCAUGUUACCAUGGUAUCCUUUCUGCUGUGUACUGCAUGUACCAUACUAUUCCAUAGAACACUGAAAAAACUGUGUUUGACCAUUGAUAUGAGAACACGCCCCCCCAUCUCCCUUGAGGCCUGUAGCAAGAGCCCCCACCACCCCCAGCAUGUCAGCGCACUGAUGCUGAUAUGGCUUCCUAUCUGAACUGGAGUCUAGCAUCGAUUAUUCAUGCCAGAGAGGGGGGGGGGGGUGCUCUGGCCCAUUGGAGCUUGCUAAUUGGCAUGAAUACACAGAGAGAUGAGGGGGGGGAGAGGAGCAAACGGAUGAGUGUUGGGAGAGAGAGAGUGAGUGAGAGAGAGAGAGGGAUAGGAAGCAGGGAUGAGAGAGUGAGUGACCGAGCGAGAGAGAGAGAGAGAGAGAGAAAGGGUUGAGUAAGCAGGAGAGCGAGGGAGCGAGCACACACUAGGCAGCCGCAGAGCUCGGAGCGUGCAGUGCAGUGCAGUGCAGGCAUGGUGGUGGGACGGGCACUGAAGCCUGAGAAGCUCGGCUGGAUUUCCCUCGCCUCUCACGGCUGCUGACAGCGCUGCUGCCGUCGCCACGUAGCGCACGCGCAAGCGCUACCCACCGCGCAGAGAUAAACCAAUCAGCCAGCUGCCGGCUCCGCUUCAGCAUUGCUGAGAUAACAACCCAAACCACGGAAGAGGCAGCAGAACAAGAACUGGCCUUACCACUGCACCUGCUCUUCCUUCUGUUCGUCUCGUCUCUUCAAAUUGUGAAUUUAGUCAUUUCAUCCACCGGAGGAGAGACUGUGCAUCUCGCCGGGCUUCAUCCAUAAUCUCCUCUGCCCCUGGUGGCCCUCAAGCUAACCAUGACCACUUACUACAACAACCAUGACUACGCCUGCCAGACUAUGGAAGGGAGGGGAGGUGACCGGGGCGCGGGCAAAGGUGGCUGCCCACCAAAGGGGGGCACUAUGCUGCGUCCCCAGCAUUUGCAGUACCAGCCUGGGCCUGCUCCGUGCCCUGGUCCCGGUCCCGGUCCCGUCACGGCGCCCCGUCUUCCAAACUUCCACCAGCUUCAUCAGCAGUAUCAGCUCCAGCAGCAGAUGAGCUUCCAGCAGCAGCAGCAGCAGCAUCAUCAGCAGCAGCAUCAUCAGCAGCAGCAGCAUCCGCAGCAUCAGCAUCCGCAGCAUCAGCAUCCGCAGCAGCACCUCCAUCAGCCCCUCCAUCCGGCGCACCAGCGGCCGCUGCCGCCGCCGCAGCAGCACCAGCCCCACCAUCAGGCCCCGCACGCGUGCUACAGCACUGCCACCCUGCCCGCCUCCAUGGCCAAGAGCCGCGCCAAGUUCAUGAACCUGCGCGACAGCGUCAAGAAGAGCCCCACCAAGAGCACCGCCAAAGUCACGGGCCCCGGGGGCUCCCGACUGGACUACCCCUGGGGCAAACUUUCCUUUGACCAGGUACAGGAGUAUGCAAGUCCCGGUCUUGGACGGAGAAGCGGAGGAACUUUGGACUUCCGAACAAGGGCGAAUCCGCCCCCUGUCGUGGUGAACACAGAGAGUCUGGACUCCGCUCCAUACGUCAAUGGAACAGAGGCAGAUUAUGAGUAUGAGGAGAUCACGUUGGAGCGGGGCAACUCUGGCCUGGGCUUCAGCAUUGCAGGGGGAACGGAUAACCCCCACAUCGGCGACGACCCCAGCAUUUUCAUCACCAAAGUCAUCCCCGGGGGGGCGGCAGCGCAGGAUGGCAGACUUCGGGUAAAUGAUGUGAUCCUGAGGGUGAACGAGGUGGAGGUGCGUGACGUGACCCACAGCAAGGCAGUGGAGGCGCUGAAGGAGGCUGGCUGUAAUGCGACCUCGUGCUUGGGAGAAAUCAGGACUUGCGACAAGGUGGUGGAGAUCAAGCUGGUCAAAGGACCCAAAGGGCUUGGCUUCAGUAUAGCAGGCGGCGUAGGUAAUCAACACAUCCCAGGGGACAACAGCAUUUACGUCACCAAGAUCAUAGAGGGAGGAGCCGCGCACAAAGAUGGCAGGCUGCAGAUAGGAGACAAGCUUCUGGCUGUGAACAGCGCCUGUCUAGAGGAGGUGACCCAUGAGCAUGCCGUGACUGCCUUGAAAAACACCCCAGACGUGGUCUACUUGAAAGUGGCAAAACCCAACAGUGUCUUCAUGAACGACAGCUUCGCCCCCCCAGACAUCACUAACUCCUAUACCCAACACGUGGAGAACCAUAUCACUUCCCCCAGCUACAUGAGCCAGCCCCUGCCUCCCAUCGCCAGCGGCCACUACUCGCCCACCCCCAAGGCCAUGCUGGGAGAUGACGACAUCACCAGGGAGCCCCGUAAGGUGGUGCUGCACCGUGGCUCCACCGGGCUGGGCUUCAACAUCGUGGGCGGAGAGGACGGAGAGGGCAUCUUCAUCUCCUUCAUUCUGGCCGGAGGCCCCGCUGACCUUUGCGGAGAGCUGAGGAAAGGGGACCGCCUGGUGUCUGUAAAUGGAGUGAACCUGUGCGACGCCACUCACGAGCAGGCCGCCGCGGCGCUCAAAAAUGCUGGGCAAACGGUCACUAUCGUGGCCCACUACAGACCAGAGGAGUACAGCCGCUUCGAGGCCAAGAUCCACGACCUGAGGGAACAGAUGAUGAACAGCAGCAUCAGCUCCGGCUCCGGCUCUCUGCGCACCAGUCAGAAGAGAUCGCUCUACGUCCGAGCGCUGUUUGACUAUGACAAAACCAAGGACUCUGGGCUGCCCAGCCAGGGCCUCAACUUUAAGUUCGGGGACAUCCUGCACGUGGUGAACGCGUCCGACGACGAGUGGUGGCAGGCCCGACAGGUGACCCUGGACGGGGAGGUGGAGGAGCUCGGGGUCAUCCCCAGCAAGAGAAGAGUGGAGAAGAAGGAGAGAGCGCGGUUAAAGACGGUCAAGUUCAACGCCAAGUCACGAGACAAAGGGCAGUCAAUCAAUGACAAGCGUAAAAAGAACCUCUUUUCCCGAAAGUUCCCUUUCUACAAGAACAAGGAGGCGAGCGAGCUGGAAACGAGCGAUGCGGACCAGCAUGUCACUUCUAAUGCCAGCGAUAGUGAAAGUAGUUACCGUGGCCAGGAGGAGUAUGUGCUGUCGUACGAGCCAGUCAGUCAACAAGAAGUGAACUACACACGCCCAGUAAUUAUACUGGGCCCAAUGAAAGACCGCGUCAAUGAUGACCUGAUAUCAGAGUUCCCGGACAAAUUUGGCUCUUGCGUACCCCAUACGACCCGACCAAAGCGCGACUAUGAGGUGGACGGCAGAGACUACCACUUCGUCAUCUCCAGAGAGCAGAUGGAGAAGGACAUCCAGGACCACAAGUUCAUCGAGGCGGGCCAGUACAACAACCACCUGUACGGCACCAGCGUGCAGUCAGUCCGGGAGGUGGCCGAGAAGGGCAAACACUGCAUCCUCGAUGUGUCGGGCAAUGCUAUCAAGAGACUGCAGGUGGCAGUGCUCUAUCCCAUCGCUAUCUUCAUCAAACCGAAAUCAGUUGAAAACAUUAUGGAGAUGAACAAGCGGCUGACUGAGGAGCAGGGCAGGAAGACGUUUGACCGAGCCACCAAACUGGAACAGGAAUUCACAGAACACUUCACAGCUAUUGUCCAAGGGGACACGCUGGAGGAGAUCUACGAUCAAGUGAAGCAGAUUAUCGAGGAGCAGUCUGGGCCAUACAUAUGGGUACAGUCCAAGGAGAAGCUGUGAGCGGGGGCAGUGCGUCUCCAUCCUUUCCCUCCCCCACGUUAUCUCCGUUUAAUUUAUUGAUCACUUUCUUUAGGAGCUGGUCUGCAGGAAACAUCCAGACACCUCUACUCCCUCCCAUCCCCCACACUGCUCACACACACACACACAAACAAGCACACACUAGCCCGUCCCUUCUGAGGUUGUGACAGUGACCUCAUUUCAGUGUCCCCCACCCCUGACAGUACAGUAGGUAUGUCAACAGACACCACGCCCCUAAAUUCCAUGAUCACUGCUACCUGCUUGUUAAAAGGAGGGGGGCGGGGGGAGGAAGGCAGACCAGCAGCUACAAUGAGAGGGCUUUUUGUUUUCUUUUUUUCAAACGGUACUGUUCCUUAAUGUUUAAGGAAGUUUCUAGGAAGUAAAUGGUCAGUUGUACUUUGGAAAACACUACAGGAUGGAAAAGAAAAUACCAUUUAACUUUUUUUCUUCUUCUUUUUUUUAAAUUGGUGGAUGGAAGUCAAGUCUCAGGCAUUGGGUCAUACAGAAAAGAAGUUUGAAACUAAAACAGCAUACAUGCACACACGCGAGCACACACACACACACACACACACCUUCAGAAAUACACAGAGCAAAACUUUGCACGUUAUAGCUUUAAGAGCAUGUCUGUUUGACCUUUUGAUCUUUGUUGUCUGUUUUACCAUUGUAAUCCCUUGAGUUUCAGAACAUUUACCAGUUGUUUCUUUCUUUUUUCUUUAUAACACUUGUAUUCACAUACUCAUAUUGGCUCCUUAUGAAGGUAUCUGUGUAAGGAAGCAAUUUUGUUUUAUUUUUCACAUACUACUGUACAGUGAUAACAAAUAAGUACAGUGUAUGUUAGAAUGUUUCUCAGUUGGUUUUUCUAAAGCUUUGAUCAGUGUCUUACAUUACUCUAUACUUACGUCGAUACUUUUUGUUCAAGUUACAUUUAGGAACAUAAUUCAUCUGCAUAAGUAAGGAACUGCCAUUUUUAAAAAGGAUGUCCCAAGUUUCACGGGCGGAUAGUUCUAGUACAUUGAAAGAAUUUAUUGUACAAUGAGAUUUUAACAGAUAUUUAGCCCUCCAUGAACUGCCUAUUUUGUUAUAAUGAAAGUCUAUAUUGAGAUUUAUGUAAGCACUACUACGAUGGGAAUUAUUUUCUCUACAUUGUAAAACCUAUAAUCAAGGAAAAUAAUUAAAUAUCUUUAAAUAUGAAUAUAUUUUUUUCCUUUUGCCACCUAAUUCUUUUUGUCAUUUAUUUUCCCUCUUUUUAAGUGUACUAAAAACAAACAGGAAAAUUGAAAAAAAAAAAAAAAAAAGGUAGGAAGGUUCCUGUUUGAGAGCAUGUCAUGGAGACUCGUGGUACAGUAACUCAGUAUGGGGUAGAAAGCAGUCACACAUAGCGCUACUCUGGCAGCUAGUUCUCCUCCUCUCUGGCUCCGUCUCAGCUCCUGUGAAUCACCCACGGUACAGCUACAGUAUAUGUCCUUCUCGUGUGCAAGAAAGCAAAUGAAAGACAAGAUUUUUUUUCUCCUGUCUCCUGCACUCCUACCCAUUGCAAACCAUCUUUAUACAAGGGCGAGUUCAGCUGUUGGAUUUUUUUCUUUUCCUCGGAAAAGCUGUUGUUUCCUGUGGUGUGGAGUGAUGCUGGUUCUUCUUCAUGUAAGCUGGAAAUUCAAAGACUUGUUUUCAUUUCUUUUCUUUCUUGCAUUUUUUUCUUUUGUUUUGUAAACCGUCCAGCGGAGGAAGCCCUGCCGGGUCUUCUCAGAGAUGAUUGUUUUCUAUACUAAGACUGCCUCUUCUACCACCUCACCUCCACUUUCUAGGGACACUUUGGGACUGGAACAUGUAAAUAACCUACUGAUCUAAUUCAUUCCAUUGAUCAAAAAGAGGAGAACAGCUAAUUCAACAAAUAAAAAAAAAACUUUCUCAUACA